AUGGAAGAAAAGAGAUCUCCCCUUGUUGUGGGGCUAUUAGUGAUGGGCAAUGUUAUUAUUAUGCUUUCAGGGCUGGCACUUUGUGCUGAGUCUAUUUGGGUAACAGCUGAUCCCUAUAAAGUCUACCCCAUCCUGGGAGUCACCGGCAAAGACGAUGUCUAUGCAGGCGCCUGGAUCUCCAUUUUCACCGGGUUUUGCUUCUUCUGCGUUUGCGUCUUCGGCAUCAUCAGCCUUGUGAAUGGCAACCGCUUCAUGGUGUUGUUGUACCUGGUCCUGAUCCUGGUUGUCUACUUGUUUGAAUGUGCCUCUUGCAUCACCUCCUACACACAUCGUGAUUUUGUAAUAUCAAAUUCCAGACUGGUAACCAAACAGAUGCUGGGCUUCUACGGAUCUGACACAGACCAAGGGCGGGAACUCACCCGGAUGUGGGACCGUUUCAUGAUGGAGCAACAGUGCUGUGGUGCCAAUGAUCCCUUGGAUUGGGUAAACUAUACCUCCGUCUUUCGAAGUAGAUUCCCUGAAGCCGUGGCACCUUGGCCAUUCUACUGCUGCAAACGUGAUCGGAACUUUAUCAUGGUCAAUGAGGAGGGCUGCAGAUUGGGCCACAUUGAUUAUAUCAACACUGAGGUACCAAGGUCUUCCAUCUUGGGUCCUGAUGUUUACCUAUCAUUUUGGCAUUCUUGGCAGUGGUGGUGA